AGACUUUGGGUAUACAUAGCCAUAUAAACAACCAUUGAGUUUUAGGGUUUCUACGGCGAGGAGAUCGACGAGGAGGAGCACCAGCAGCCGCAGCAAUGGUUCUCAAGACCGAACUUUGCCGUUUCAGUGGUGCAAAGAUCUACCCUGGCAGAGGAAUCAGAUUUGUUCGUGGUGAUUCUCAGGUUUUCCUGUUUGCCAACUCGAAAUGCAAGAGGUAUUUCCACAACAGAUUGAAGCCGUCUAAGCUCACAUGGACUGCCAUGUAUAGGAAGCAGCAUAAGAAGGAUAUUGCCCAAGAAGCUGUGAAGAAGAGGCGCCGUGCUACCAAAAAGCCUUACUCUAGAUCCAUUGUUGGUGCUACCUUGGAAGUUAUUCAGAAGAAAAGAACUGAGAAGCCAGAGGUUCGAGAUGCUGCUAGAGAAGCUGCCCUCCGUGAAAUUAAAGAGAGGGUAAAGAAAACAAAGGAUGAGAAGAAGGCCAAGAAGGCAGAAGUUCAGGCAAAGUUACAAAAAUCACAAGGCAAAGGCAACCUUGGCGGCAAGGCUGCUGCUCCCAAAGGUCCCAAGCUUGGUGGUGGAGGUGGCAAGCGCUAAGUGCCAAGUUUUGUUCCAAUUCGGGCUAGCACUAAAAUAGUGUCGUUUUGUUCCUUUUGCACUGAUAUUUUAUUUUGUUAAUUUAUCCUUUUACUGUUUAUGCUCGGAGCUUAUAGUACCUAGUAUUGAUUGGAUUUUGCCUCAGCUAAUUUUCAUUUUAUAAAACUUCACUUGCGUGUUUUUCAAA